CCAAUAACAAAUAUUGACCGUCUGCAAACCUAUCAAGAAACACCCAGGACUUUUUGUCAUGAAAAUUCUAGCCUGUAACGCAAAACUAUAUGACCGUCAAAGUCAAAGCCCCAUUAUAGUUGAAGUAAAAGUGUUGGCAGCCUUGGUUUUGGGACUAUUAAAAUAUACAAAAAUGCACUAAAGAACAUUGAAAUAAUCAGAAUUUACAUCAUCAUCAAUCACUACUGUACUGCUACGGCUCUUUUGUGCGUUUUAAUUUUUGGUGCAGUCAAUGUCAGCCAAGCUACAGCAAAGAGAUUUAAUGGUUACUUGGUCAUAAUCAAGUGAAUUGAAUUGGGGGUCGCAUUUGCAUUCGCGAUAGUUAGCUUUUCGUUGAGGGACUGACUUGGUGUGCUAUCAACGUGCUUAUUUGGGGCAUAAUAUUUCUGUCGCAGUAAACAAAGCGGUGGCUGAGAUUAUUGGCCUGUAUAAUAAACAACAGAUCAAGUCAGUACGGCUAAAGGUUGACACACAGACACACUGACAAGCAAUACUUGGAUCGACUGCAACUUAACUUAAGACUUUUAAAGCUCCUUGGAAAAAUGUGUCCCCUUUGGCCGUUCCACAUCUUCCUUCUCUACCUGGCCAUAUUGGGCCCACUCUUAUUUGCGUCUUUUGGCGUAAUCGGUGCCGCAGCACAAUCCAUGUCCUCCUGCAAUGUCUCAUUUGAACCGGAACGUGUCAACCAGGUGAAAAUGGGGGACAGCCAGGUUGUCGAUUUCAAAUUCAACAAGACUGAAGUAAUAGAACAAGCCAAACUUCUAGGAUUUGAUCCCGUCACAGAGUUUGAGUUUCUCGUCAGUGAUUCCUACAUCGCCUACGUAACCCCGGUGAAAGUACCGCUUGACAAUUCUGUGCCAAUUGGUGACGGAAGUGGACUGGAUCGCGUGUCUUUCAAUGUGACUGGAAACUUCCUCGGAUACACGGAAGUCUGUGCGACCUCACGGAUUUCAAAAAAUGCGUCCGAAGUAUUUCAAUGCAUGCCGGUCUCGGUUGUACGCGAGUCCGGAGUUCUCGAUAAAGCUUUCACGUACAGUGUGGCCGCACUUGUGACAGUAAUUUACGUCAACAUGGGAGCAGCUCUGGACAUGCGAACAAUUAAGGAAACGAUUAAGAAGCCCUGGGGACCUGCUAUUGGGUUCAUGAGUCAGUUUAUUAUCAUGCCUUUGCUAUCCUUUGGAAUUGCGAAACUUUUCAUCUCACUGGCAGCUUUACAGCUUGGGUUGUUCAUAACGGGAUGUUCUCCAGGUGGGGGUGCGUCAAACAUUUGGACGUUGACGUUAGGUGGAAACUUGGACCUUUCCAUCACAAUGACGACGAUAUCUACAUUCUCUGCUUUCGUGAUGAUGCCCCUGUGGAUGCUAACUCUGGGAUCUACAAUUUUUAAAGAUGCCAACUUGACCGUCCCUUACUCCAAAAUAGCCACAUUUGCCGGUUGCCUCGUGAUUCCUUUGGCGAUUGGAGUUGGCAUUCAGUACAAGUGGCCGAAUGUAGCUAAAUUCCUUGUCAAGAUCUUGAAACCCUUCGCUGUUUUUCUCAUCGUGUUUAUUAUCAUCUUUGCCGUGUACACGAAUCUUUACUUGUUUCAAUUGUUCACAUGGCAGAUUCUCAUGGCAGGGAUGUUGCUUCCUUGGCUCGGCUACAUUUUGGGGGGUGGGACCGCUUGGCUUCUAAAACAAGAGUGGCGUGACGUGAUCGCGAUUGGAAUUGAGACAGGGGUUCAGAACACGGGCCUGGCCAUUUUCGCCCUCAGGUUUUCACUUCCUCAGCCGGAAGCCGAUUUGACAACUGCACUUCCCGUCGCCGUGGCCAUGAUGACUCCAGUCCUCCCCGCCGUGUUGAUGCUGUACCAAAAAUAUAGUGGGGUUCAGUACACCGGGAUGAAGAAGGAGGAACACAAGGAUCCCGUCCAAAUGGGUGGUGGUUCAGAUUUGACUGUUCUCGCCACUUCCAAUUCUGCCAAUGGCUCAUCUCAAACGCCACAGAGCAAACAGUACGGAAGCUGUGGAAUCUCGAACGAUGGUGUGGACGGUGUCGAAGAGAUGACAACUUCUACAUAAGCGAAGAGCAGUUGCUGCACUUGCAUCUCUCAUUUGAGACUAAAUUAAUAAACAGUAUGAUAAAUUUCGGUAUUUUUUGCUAUUAAAAAUCAUUACAUUACUACAGAUACACCAUCAAAAUCGUGCAAAUAAUACCAUUGACUUAUAGUUUUUAUGUAUAAAUAUGAUGAUUAAUUAGAAUAAACAGGAAAUGUAACUAACUCUGAGUGAAUUUAAACGAGACUAACAUCCGUCGUGAGUAGUAUUGAUCAUGCAAAAAUAAAUAUGCAUGAUGAAUAA